GGCGCAUGUCAGGGCGGUGCAGACGUUGCUGCGGGGCUUCCAAAGCCUGGAGCAGCACCCUGGGAUUGCCAGCCCACCCGCAUCGGUGCUGCUCUCGGCAUUGCCAUACGUGCUGACGCAUCCAGGGGUGCCGCUCAUGCUCGUGAUGUUCGUGCUGGCGCAGUUCAUCUGGUGCCUCCUGGUGGAGACGGUCUUGCCCCUGCUGUCCGUGAGGCGUCUCGUGGUGAAGGCGAACUGUAUGAAGGUGUUCGCCAUGCUGCUGCGGGACCUGCUGGUCCCCCGGGCCCCAGUGAAGGCAAAGGCAGCGCCGAUCCUUGGGCGCCCGCAAGCCCUGGCGGCCCUCGAGGAUCUCAUCACGAUCGCGACGAGCGCGUUGCUGUGCGGCGUGCGCGUUUCUCGGCGUUCCCUUGCCAUGGUGGUCUUGCCUACCGCCCUGGUGCAACUGCUCGCGAUGCG